AUGUCUUCUGUACCAAGAUCGAUGCGACAGCAUUACUUUAGACCUCUAUAUCGCCACGUAUCUCUCUAUGCCUUGGAGCAGCUCCAGCUUGAGUAUAACCGCAUGUUAGAACUCGGUGAUUUUGUGUUUAACAAAUGUGGUUGUGUACUUCAACAAACCCAUGGAUUGCCGUGUGCAUGUUAUUUACAUAUGUCCAUCGGAUCACAUGGUACUUUGUAUUUGGAUGACAUUCAUGAAUUCUGGAGUACUUUGAGGUACACAGAGGUAGGAGACGAAACCGAUGAAGGAGUACGAUACCCGAACGCCAAUGACAAAGAGUACUUUCAAUCUCUGGUCGAAGUCCUCAAAUCCGAUCCCGCUGUUGUUCACCGAACGUCUCAGUUACUUGAAUAUGAACUACACCCAGAUGGCGCGGAAAUACCUGAGCCUUACGCUAGUCCACCGAGAAAGGGAAGACCAAGCACAAGUAAAAACAUGAGAAGGAGAAAAAGUUCAUUUGAAUAUAGCAGAUCAUCUUCUCGCGGUCGAGGGUCUACAUCUUCUUCCCGCGGGAGAUCUAGUGGCAGAUCUAGUGGUCGAGAGACGCAAUCCUCAGUAGGAAUUAAGUUCAGUUUCAACUUAUCCGAUGAUCCUGGAGGUCGAGAUUUUUCACACUUUCCAUGGCCUAAUAACAUCCCAUUUAUCCUUCCUCCUUACUUGUUCGACUGGAUUAAUGUGUUAGGUGAUGGUAACUGUGGAUUUAGAGCAAUUGCUGUCACAGAGCUGGGAGGCGAGGAAGCAUGGCCUCUUUUAAGGCGUGCUAUGAGUAUGGAAAUGCAAAUGAACAGAGCGCAAUACCUAACUUUGUAUCUAUCCCAGGAGUCACUAGACGAGUCUAUAUUCAGAAUAGGUUCACACGCAAAUGGACCUGCUCCUUUCAUGCACUGGAUGGAUGCACCGAUGGCUUUGUACUCUGCAGCAACAUUUCUAAACAUUGCCAUUGCUUAUUAUGGUUCUGCUGACGGUGAUUCGCAAUACAACUGUUUGAUUCUUCCGUUAAGGAAAGCAUCGGGCGUGAAUAGUGUAAAUAAAGUAAUACAUAUAUGUUGGGUUAAUAGAAAUCAUUUUGUUCAACUUUUAAUGAACGAUGAUUCGUCCCCUUUACCGCCGAUCCAUCAAAGUUGGAAACAAGCAGCUGACAAUUUCACCAAACAUCUUGACACACAUUUCAGUACGAGGAUUAUGCUCUGGAAUAAUCUACGCGGGCCACGAUCACAACCAACUAAUACCACCGCUGACGAUGCUGUAAAUUUAGAUACUCCAUAGAAUUUAUACACGACAUUCAUUAUAAAUUGUAUAUAAUCCAUAAUUAUACUAUUGUGUAUACGAAUGACAUUCA